AGGAAGUGAAACUCAGGCAGUCGUUGUCACUGAGCGAGAGGUGAGAUGGCGCAGAGAGGAGAUCAGCUUGACCGGGAAACCUUCUCUUGUUCCAUCUGUCUGGAUCUACUGAAGGAUCCGGUGACUACUCCCUGUGGACACAGCUACUGCAUGAACUGUAUUAAAAGCCACUGGGAUGGAGAGGAUGGUAAGUACAGCUACAGCUGCCCUCAGUGCAGGAAGAUGUUCACUCUGAGGCCUGUCCUGCUGAAAAGCACCAUGUUAGCAGAUUUAGUGGAGGAGCGGAAGACUGGACUCCAAGCUGCUCCUGCUGAUCACUGCUAUGCUGGAGCUGAAGAUGUGGCCUGUGAUUUCUGCACCGGGAGGAAACUCAAAGCAAUCAAGUCCUGUCUGCAAUGUCUGGCUUCUUACUGUGAGAAACACCUUCAUCCUCAUUAUGAAUCAGAGACAUUCAAGAAACACAAGCUGGUGGAGCCGUCCACGAAGCUCCAGGAGAACUUCUGCUCUCGUCAUGAUGAGGUGAUGAAGAUGUUCUGCCGUACUGAUCAGCAGCUUAUCUGUAGUCUCUGCUCUGUGGAGGAACAUAAAGGCCACGACACAGUCUCAGCUGCAGCAGAGAGAGCUGAGAGGCAGAGAGAGCUCGAGGGGAGUCGACUCAACAUCCAGCAGAGAAUCCAGGACAGAGAGAAAGAUGUGAAGCUGCUUCAACAGCAGGCGGAGGCCAUCACUCUCUCUGCUGAUGAAGCAGUGGAGGACAGCGAGAAGAUCUUCACUGAGCUGAUCCGUCUCCUGGAGAAAAGAGGCUCUGAUGUGGAGCAGCAGGUCAGAUCCCAGCAGGAAAGGGAAGUGAGUCAAGUCCGAGAGCUUCAGGAGAAGCUGGAGCAGGAGAUCACUGAGCUGAAGAGGAAAGAUGCUGAGCUGAAGAAGCUCUCAAACACAGAGGUUCACAACCAGUUUUUUGACAACUACCCCUCACUGGCACCACUCAGCCAAUCAGCAUCCAGCAUCCAGAUCCGUCCUCUGGGUUGCUUUGAGGACGUGACAGCGGCCGUGUCAGAGCUCAGAGAUAAACUGCAGGAAGUUCUGAGAGAGAAGAGGACAAACGUCUCACUGACAGGGACUGAAGUGGACGUUUUACUGCCACAAGCGGAGCCCAAGACCAGAGCUGGAUUCUUACAAUAUUCACGUGAAAUCAAACUGGAUCCAAACACAGCAUACACAGAGCUGGUAUUAUCUGAGGGGAACAGGAAAGCAAUGUUAAUGUAUCAACAACAGUCUUAUUCUAGUCACCCAGACAGAUUCACUGACUGGUAUCAGGUCCUGAGUAGAGAGAGUCUGACUGGACGAUGUUACUGGGAGGUGGAGAGGAGAGGAGACGUUUCUGUAGCAGUCGCAUACAAGAAUAUCAGCAGAGCGGGGGAGUCGUAUGAAUGUGGAUUUGGACUAAAUGACAAAUCUUGGGCGUUAGAAUGUAACAACAACAGAUAUGAAUUUUGGUCCAACAAUGUCCAAACUUCCGUCUCCGGUCCUGGGUCCUCCAGAGUAGGAGUGUACCUGGAUCACAGUGCAGGUAUUCUGUCCUUCUACAGCGUCUCUGAAACCAUGACUCUCCUCCACAGAGUCCAGACCACGUUCACUCAGCCACUCUAUGCUGGACUAAGGUUUGAUUGGUCUGGAGACUCUGCUGAGUUGUGUAAAGUAAAAUAGGCAGAAGUCACUUUAGGGUUAAAUUCUGAGUUUUAACUCUUCAUCUUAUUUAGUUUCUAUGUUUGUUUCUGAUUGUUGUUAUUCUAUUUUUUACGUUUUUCCUGUGUUUCCACAUUUUGUGUCGGUUUUUCUUAUUUUUUGGUUUUUAUCAAAACAUUUUGACACUUUCUUCAACAUUUCUUUUCUUUUCUAAAGGUUUUUGUAAAUUAUUUUGAGGUGUAUUUGCUUGCAUUGAGGUUUUAGAAGUGAUGGGAUGUUUUUGUCUGAGAAAAAUAUUCGGGGAGCCCCAGAAGCUAAAAAUGAGCUCAGCUGAGAGCUGUUAUUUUACCUGCAGAGGGAAGUCCAUACAUGGUCGGACAGGUGUGUCUGCAGGUUCACGGCUGUGCUGGGAGGGGUUGACCUGCAAAGACACACAGAGACAGAGACACACAGAGACACACAGAGACAGAGACACAAAGAGACAGAGACAUACAGAGACAGAGACUCUCCCAGAAGAGAAAUCUGAACGUUGUGAAAGGUUCAAAAUUCUUCUUUUAUUUUGUUGACAUAUUGGAGUCAAAGGUUUUUCCAGACAGGAUUUUGGAGCUCUCCUUUUAUCACUGCAUCAAUCGCAAUGUGGUGGCAACAGCCAUAAAAAACACAUGUUGACAGGUUUUUAGAUAUGAACUGUUCCAUAAAUCAGUUUAUGAAAGAUAUGUGAACACCCCCUCUGUAAAAUCCUUCAGAAUAUAGAUUGGAGUGAAACUGGGAAGUUGGUUGCAUGGAAGUGCUGCUGAAGUGGAGAUUUUUGGCUCAGUUUGAGAAAAACCCAUUUUGAGAAAACGGCCUUUGAACAUGUACAUAACAUAACAUUAACAUAUGGUCAUUAUAGGAGAAAAGGGUCAAACUGAUGAACUAACAAAUAACAGGAAACUCCCCC